AUGAAUUCAUUGUCGGCUGUACUCAAGAAUACGCCGUGUUUGCAAGAAUUGCACCUGUCUGACAACAAGCUCGAUUUAUGCACGGAUGACGAGACUGUCUUGAACGAGUCGGUGAAAACGAUCCACAUGAAUAGGUGUCGCAUAGACGAUUGGGGGUCAAUUGUUCGUUUGAUGCGGAGGUUUCCCAACCGAAAAACAGUGUUCUUAUGCGAAAAUCCAAUAAAAUCCGUCGUCUACGACACUUCUGCAGAAGACUUGAAUACUUUGCAGGCUUUGAAUUUAGGCAAGACGGAAAUCGCUGACUGGGAGAGUAUUGACAGCCUGGACCGGCUGCCAUCGCUUAUAGACCUGCGAAUCCUCUCAAUACCACUUUUGGAACCGCUUAACGAAGAGGAACGAAUACAUCUGAAUAUACGUGUGCUGAACGGCUCUAUAAUAACUCCCGAACAACGGGAGCAGUCGGAGCGAUACUUCAUUCGUUAUUACCAGGAGAGGGACGACAAGCCACAUCAUUACAAGCGUUUGAUAGAUAAGCAUGGUCAUGUGGAGAAGCUGGCAAAGGUCGACCUCACGCCGAAGUCCUCAGCCCACGUGCAGGUUUUUUGUGAGGAAACGAACUACCAAGCGAAACUGCGAAUCAACCUGAACAAGAAUGUUGGUCAGUUGAUGAAGUAA